AUGGUGCAGGUGCUGCCGGCGAGUGCCGGAGCUCAUGGCCCGGGGGCAAAGCCAGCGAGGUCCAGAGCGAAGCAGAGCCGGGAGGAGCCAGCGGGAGCAGCAGAGCUGGGGCAGAGGCCGGGACAGAAACUCUCCAAGACAAAGUCAAAAAGGCGACGCUUCGCAAACUCAAAAAGCAACAAGGUUUUUGCCAGCCAAGAGCACAGGAGGAGCUUUGGCUCUGGGGCCAAAGGCUGGGACAGAGAAGUGGAGGGGCCGGAGCGGCGGCGCCCGGGCCCUGCCCUCGCACGGGCUCGGGACACAAAGAAACCUGAAUUGAGUUACCGAGGUAGUUGGCUAAAAACUGAGAUUGCCCAGCCGGCACCGUCUGGAAGGAGCCCCCUGGCCUGCCCUGCUCCUGCUCCAGGCCUGGGGUGGCCUGCAGGUCAUUUCACUGUCACUGGGGGUGGCCUGCAGGUCACUGUCCCCAGAUCUGAGAGUGUCCUGCAGGUCACUGUCACUGUCCCCAGGCCUGGGGAUGCCCUGCAGGUCACUGUCACUGUCCCCAGAUCUGAGAGUGUCCUGCAGGUCAUUGUCCCCAAAUUUGGGGGUGGCCUGCAGGUCACCGUCACUGUCCCUGGGGGGUGGCCUGCAGGUCAUUUCACUGUCCCCAGGCCUGGGGGUGGCCUGCAGGUCACUGUGACUGUCACUGGGGGUGGCCUGCAGGUCACUGUCACUGUCCCCAGAUCUGAGAGUGUCCUGCAGGUCAUUGUCCCCAAAUUUGGGGGUGGCCUGCAGGUCACUGUCCCCAGGUUUGAGGGUGGCCUGCAGGUCACUGUCACAGUCUCCAGGCCUGGAGUGUCUUGCAGGUGACUGUCACUGUCCUGCAGGUCACUGGCACUGUCCCUGGGGUGCCCUGCAGGUCAGUCACUGUCACUGGGGGUGGCCUGCAGGUCACUGUCACUGUCCCCAGGCCUGGGGCACCCUGCAGGUCACUGUCCCUGUCCCUGGGGUGCCCUGCAGGUCACUGUCCCUGUCCCUGGGGUGCCCUGCAGGUCACGGCCGCCGCCUCCAGAACCAACCUCAACGAAAAGGGAACGCGCAGCCCUUGUCAGUCUUCAAAAACACCAAAGUUAUUGCACUUCAAAAAUACAACAGAUCUGUGGUUCGA